AUGACUAUUGAAAAAAAUUCUGUCGAAUAUAUUCUGGAGAAAAUUGUAACGAAAAUCGCAUCUGAAUGUAGUCAGAAGAGGAGGCGGACAACUAAGCGGAAGUUGGAUACUGAAUUCGUCUCAAAUAAAAGACUUAAAUUGACUUUAAACGAUGAGAUAUAUUGUCGCAUCUGCUAUGACACUUCUCAACAAUCACCGGUUAUAUAUCCCUGCAGAUGCAAGGGAACCAUGGGUGCAGUCCACUUAAAAUGCCUGGAACGGUGGUUGGAAGAAAGUAACAGAAGCAGCUGUGAAUUGUGCAGAUACCAAUUUCACGUUAAACGAACUCUGCGUUACCAUGUUCUACAUUCUAUAAUAAUAUGGAUGUGCCUCAGUCAAGAGCAACACCAACUGUAUGCGCGUAGUUUGAGAGCUGAUCUACUUCGAAGCAUAAUUAUCACGCCUAUGGCAAUUGGCUGUUCCUACAUCUGCAUAGUUGCAGCCGACUUUUACGCGAAAAAUAAUUAUGACAACUUCCCUCCAGUACAAUGGACCACCUAUUUAUUGCUAGCAAUGAUGUCCUUGCUACUUUUCUCUUACUUCGUAUGGAUGUACAUGGCGAUACAGUAUCACCAGAAAGUCUGGUUUUAUUGGUGGCAAAAGACGAGUACAGUAAAAAUUAUACUGGAUCCAGGAAAUAGAACUUCGAUGACCUACAAGUAUAAUGUAUCACAAGUUUAACAAUUACUGAACACUUUAAUUCGUAACGUCGAACACUUCUUUAUAAUAC